UUCGCCUGGUUUAUUGACAAACAGACAGAACGUGGAACACGGCGCAAUGGACGAGGGGACGAAGUUAAAAGUGUUAAACGAGCAAGCAAAGCCAGAAAAGAGUGACAUUACUGCUCCAAAUCUGGCUAAAAAACUUCAGAAGACGAUGCUCAGCAUCAAGGGAGAGUGUAUCGGUGAGGACCGGGGAAUUGACUACGACAAACUUAAGGGCAGUGCGUCCUUCAAGGAGUAUCAAACAGAAUCAUUACAACUACAAACAGUCAACAUGGACGACCUAAGCGAGGCAGAAAGGAAGGCCUUCUUUAUCAACCUGUACAACGCCUUGACAAUCCAUGGACUGGCAGAACAGAAGUCUCUCCCCAGCUCUGUACUGGACAUUCAACAGUUCUGGAAGACCACUGCAUACAAUGUCGGGGGGCAUGUGUACAGCCUGGAUGACAUCGAACACGGCGUUUUGAGAGGGAACCGGAGUCACCCAGCUUCUACUAAACCUCAGUUUUCUUCUGAAGACCUGCGAAUCAAAUAUAUUGCAAAACUGGAUCCCAGAAUUCACUUUGCUCUCGUUUGUGGAGCUGUGUCCUGCCCAGCCAUCAAUGUCUACACAGCAGACAAUCUAGACAAGGCGUUAGACUCUGCCACACGCAAUUUCUGUAAACAAGAAGUGUCGAUGUUUACGGAGGUCAACGAGAUCUGGUUGUCGAAGAUCUUCCUGUGGUAUCGCGAUGACUUCGGAGCAGACAAUGUGGGCAUCAUAGAAUGGAUCAUGCCUUUUCUGGAGAAAGAUAUACAGGAUAGGGCCGUUCUCCUUCUGUUUCAGAUCAGAAAUCUUGGAAAAGUGGAUAUUAAAUACAACGAGUAUGAUUGGCGGCUAAACAAGCUGGGUGUCACGCCCCUUAUUCUGUGAUGAUUGGUCCUAACCACUCCUACUUUUGUGGUAGGGUUUAAAAGAGCUGUUUUAAAAGUUAAUCUGCUAGUCUUAUUGUGACAGGGAAAGUGAUGUUUUUUUGUUAUGUUGUUAUUUUAUGGUUAUUUGUCUCCCUUACAAUGUACACAUACUGUAUUGGACGAUUUUAUUUUCUGUAGUCAUUAGAACCACAAAGCAUUUUUAUUUGAAUUUAUCUAAAUCUAGUGUAAAUUAUUGCAUGCAAUGAAAUUGAUAUUACAGUACAACAUGCUUGUGACAAACACCUGUCUUUAGUAUAUCCCUGUUUAUAAUAGAGAGGUUUUCAUUUCUGGUUAUUAGCCAAUUUUCUGUAAAAAUAAACCACAAAAUUCAGACUGUGACACUUUUUAACCACAUCUGUGCUCUACCUUACCAGACAACUAUGUGUUUUUUAAAGAUUCAUCAUACAGUACAGUCUGUCUGUUUUAAUCAUUGGGAUCUUGUUUGGCAUAUGGAUAAAUGUAUUGGGUGUGUAUCAUGGACAAUGUUAUACUCUCCAUAUAAACCAUGUUUUACUGUACCCUAUAAUUAAGUUUUUUUUAAAGGGGCAUGAGCUGUGAAUGUGAUGUCAACCAUUUUUUUCUUCUCAAAAUCUCUCAAUGGCAUAGGAAUAUAUUAAAUUAAUGACUAAUAAAACCAUUUAUUUUAUACAAAAACAAGAGAAGCCUAAGUAAAACUUAAUGUAAAGAAAUAUUUAAGGAAGAAUUGUUGUCUUGCAAGACAAUGAUUAUUCAAUCAUCAAAAUCUUAUUUUGAGGUUAAGAAGUGUUUGAAAUAAUAAAAUACUGGUGUUAUUCAUAUAGAGCAAUUUUCAUUAAAUUAAAUUUUUUAUGACAAAAUUACUGAUAAUGCCCCUUUAUGAUUUGCUGUCAUACAGUAGAACCUGACUGUGUUGACCACCUGAAUCUUGAUGUGUGUCUAACUGGUGUAAGUCAAUGUGAUGCACUCGAUAUGAACAGCAUCAUUCUAUAUUUUGUCUCAUAUUAUUUGCCAAGGAUUAUUGAGAGGUGCCGAUUAAUUUUGUGGUGAAAAGGUCAUAUGUACAGGUCAUAUUGAAUAAUUUAUUUAGCAUGUGUUGCUUAACAGACUUGCAACAAUUUUCAACCAAAGCGAUGGAAAUUAUUCCAUGAUUUUGUUGUUUUGUUUAGGAAGUGAUGGUGUGUCACUCCAUGUACACAUACCCCAUUCCUCAGACAAAGGGUCACUCUCAUUUGUUUCUAGGAUCCUGCUCAAAUUUAAAGAGGGUAGGAAAAUUUGUUGUUCAGGUACACACACAAAUUCAUACUGUCACAUUCCUCUUCAUUUUUACCACUACUAGGUCUAUGUGUUACAAUCAUGUGCAAGUCAUCUCUAAAGAAUUCAGGGAAAAACUGUUCUUGCCAGACUUUGUUACAUCAUUGAAUUGUGCAAUGUUUUUUUCCAGGUACGUGUAAAUUCUUUUAGAAAAUUAAAACUCUAGUGUGUAUGAUAUUAAUUCCACAGUUUAGUAUUAAAAAGAGCUUCACGCUAGAUAUGGAUACAGGCAUUUAGUGCAGAUAUUACAGAGCUAUGUAACAAAUUAAUGAACCGCUGUUAGCAAAUUUCAUUCAGCAAGAAAAAUUAAAACUGCGAUCAGAUAUACUGUACAGUCAAACACGGGUAUAGCGAACCUCCAGUGAAAAACAAUGUGUUAAAAGUUUCAUUUGAUAUUUUCAUCUCAUAGAAAAAUAUACAUGUACAUGUAUAUAUCACUUUGCAAUAAGUGUGAAUUCAUUAUGAGUGUGUUUUACUGUACUCAUGUAAUUACUACAUCUGUGAUUCUUGUCAUCAGAUACCUUGGAAUGUCACUAAUAUUUGUUGCGGUUUAAUUUCUUAAUAACUCUAAUAAUUCUUAAUAACUAAACAGGGAUUAAUCCAUCCCUGGGGUCGUGACCUCACGAAAAAGAGACAUCCAUGAAAAUAAGCUGUCACAAAAAUUUUUUGAUUCUGCAGCAGUAACUUAACGGAUCAUUUUGAACAAAUUAAUGUUUCUAUACAGAAAGUAAUAAACACGUAGUUAUUGAACUAUGUUAUAUUGAAGUCACUUAAUGAACUAUCUGUUAUAUUAAAGUCACUUAAUGAGCUAUCUGUUAUGUGGAAGUCACUUAAUGAGCUAUCUGUUAUAUUGAACUAUCUGUUAUACUUAAGUCACUUAUAUUGAACUAUCUGUUAUUCUAAAGUAAAAAUAAAUCCCCAGUAACAUUAUUUAUAUUCAUCAUCGGUUUAUAUUGUACAUUUGAUUUAAUGAACAGGUUCAUGUAAGUCCCCUUAAUUUCAAUACAUCCAGAGUAGACUGUACAUGUAUAUCGUUUAGUCCAUUAAUAAGUCCAGUUUUGUUUUAAGCUGUUUGUCGGGCAUUGUUGUUUAAAUGCCGAAGUUGUCUGUAUAAUAGGGGUAUGAAAGUGUGGGGUAAUUCGUGGAUUAAACUGUCAUGCAUUUAUCCCAUAUAUUUAUAAGUAUAGGCUUUGUCACAUCAUUGCCUUUAUAUACAUUACAGACAACACAUUGGUGAGUGUGGAUAUUUAUUAAAUAUAUUGUACAUGUAGUCACAGAAUGUAUGUAUAGAUAAUUAGAUAGUUUGAAUUAAAUAUAUUUAUUUCUAGUGUCUUUUUCAAAUGGUAGAUAUAUUUUAUUUCAUUGUAAUCAAAAGGUCAUUGAAAUAGUUAAUUAUUCUUUAAAUUAAUGUACGUUGUAUUUAAUCAUGUUGAAUUGAUCUUGUUGUUGCUUUAGCAUUCCAAGUUUAUUUUAUUCUUAAAUGUAUUUGCCUGUUAUGUAACCGAGUUUUCACAAUAUUUUGUGUUAUGUUUGGUGUUAAUUUUAUGAAUUCUAUGAUUCCAUUAAUUACUACUGAACACUUUUUCUCUUUAUUUAGUACAAAGUUGUUGUGUACAUGUAUUUUUUACUGUUUUGGUUUUAUAUACUGGUACAGGGUGUAUCUAUGAUUGUUGAACAAAAGCAUUUUUAUACCCCCCACCAGCAAUAUGAGCAUAUAUUGCUCAAAAAUCGUCCUAAUGGGGGGUUGGGUUGAAGACAUUUAAUUUGAAAAUUAAUUUAGUAAAGGUCUACGAUUGUCUAAAUUUUCCACUUCAUCAAAUCGUGCGUGGAUUAGUUUUUAUUCAUCUCCAGACCCGAGUCCUGCUAUCUGUUCAUAAAAUCGUAAACCCAACUAUAGACACAUUAGAUAGAACUCUUCUACGAUAUUUAAUUAGAAGAUCGCUAGAGAACACUAUACAGGUUGUGUUUCCUUGUUAAUUAAUGUCAAUAUAUUGCUUUGGUUGGAACAUGCCAUGACGGUUUGAUUCCUUGUGAAUAAAUAUCAAUAUACCGUCUAAGUAGAAUUUUUAGUGAGGAUUUAAUUUUGGCAUUAUUAGCGACAGUGUUGAGGUUGCUAAAAUCAAUUGAAUAUGCUAACAAUUUAUUUGGUAUUAGAGGUGAUAGGUAUCUUUCUUGGAAUUAUAAAGUCGCUAAAAUUAGCUCUUGCUAAAUAUAUAUAUCCAUAAUUUAAUUUUAUGGACAAAUCGCUAAAAUUGUGUCAUCUAAAAAUACCACAUAUUCCUUGAGCGGAACAUGCUGUGAUGGUUUGUUCGUCGUGCGAUUCCUUGGGCGGAACAUGCUGCGAUGGUUUGUUCAUUGUGUGAUCGCUUUGGUCUGUUCACAUCAGUUGGUGCUGAUGAGUUCACAAUGUCUUCCGUUAUGUGACUUUGUCCAGUGUAUGCCAUUAAGGGGGGAUAACUAGUCUAGUUUUGAAAUAUAGCAUAGUUCAUGUGAUGUGUAGUAUAAGUAGUCUAUAUACCACGUUAGCAUUUAGGAAGAGAACCAAUAAAUUAUUCAAAAUAUUUUAUUAAUUUGAUUGAUAUGUUAAAUGGUUAAUAUAAUUGAUAAAUUUGAUCGAUAUGAUUAAAUUAUUUUUAUUAAUUAUACUUUACUUUAUUAAUUUAUGUUGAAAUUAAUGAUUGAUAUGUUAAAAAUAUUUUAAUAAUUAAUUUGAUUGAUAUGUUAAGGAUAAUUUAAUUAUUGAUUUGAUUGAUAUGUUUAAGACAUUUUAAACUUAGGACAUGGAAAAUGGGUAGUGACUGCUCUUUUGCCAAGUGCCUUGCAUUAGAAGUAAAAGUCGCGGGUCUUUUGGAUAUGACCUUAGAAAUGGAGGUCCCAUGUGAUGGCAUGGUAAAGGUCCUCAUCGGUACAAUCAAAAGUGCCAUGCAUUAAGCCAAGAGUUCCUUAACGCUGAUGUCUCUACGCAAGUGAAAAAUUCUUUAAUGGGAUGAUAAACAAUAAAUAAAAGAAAUGCCUCCACAAUACCUUUAAGAUAAAGAAUAAAAAUAGGUAGAACUCGUGGUAUAGGAUGAAGACAAUUUAAAAAAAACAUUUAUAGAAAUGUUUUAUUUCAGAGCAUUGAUAACUGUAUCGUGGUAGAUCUAGAAGGGAGAGGGUUAUAUUGGGGGUUCCUAACCUGACCAUGUUUGGUUGAAUAUUUUAAAGAAAAAAGGACAUUUUUACCAGUUUGAGGUUUUCACUUCCUACCCCUGAUCUGUUUUGGAAGGAAGGGGUAAAACCUUGGCUCACUACCACCAUUCUAAAAUUUUAAUCCACCACGGUAUUGGGAUUCUUUAAUGUUGAGGUGUGUCUGUAGAAGAUGUAUAGGCUCUAGUUAUCUCCCCUUUAAGAAUAUGUCGGUCAUACUAAAGGGUAAUCUAUUUCUCCCUAUAAAUAUUGCUGCUUUAUAAAUGUUUAUCUACUUCAAUGUACUUAAUGAAUUCUAGCCAGUUCGAUGUAGUUCAGUGUAUAUUUAAUACAGUAAUUCAAUCAAUGUAGUUGUUUAUUUGGAUUUUCUUAGGAUAUAGUAAACAAAUUUAUCUCAUUUCUUAGACUAGAACCAUUAUCUAAGGCAUGUAGUGUUUUUGGAGUACCCGCACGUGUUCCCUGAGGUUAGCAAUAUCUUGUUUCAAUGUUUUGAUUUCAUUAAGUAUGUAGUAGUGUCUUUUCUAAUCUUUCUUGUAUCCAGAAGUACAGCCAAAUUAUUCAAUCAUGCUGGUUGUUAUAACUUAAUUUGUUUUUAAAUUGUCUCAGGUUUUGGGUGUUUUUAUUUGGCAAAAAAGUUUAUUCCAUGAGCUCCCAGGGCCUUUGUUCUAGGGGUUGCACUAAACCCUUCAGCCCUAUACCUUCAUCUCUAAAUGGGGUUACCAUUAAUGCCACCCUUUCCGUUAACUAAUUUUUGAUUUGACGUUCUGAGUCUGUUCAAAAUUUUCUUUUCAAUCAUGUGAUAUUUUAAAACCAUAUUUCUUUCUAUGUAGUCCCAUAUAUUCUGUUAUCAAUUAUACAUGUAUAUAUUUAUAUGCAUAGCCUAUUUAUAACCUCCAUUAGCUAGCAGCGGCUGGUUGUUAUGUAUAACACAGAUUUGAAGAUGUUUAUUUAUAUAAUAAAGGCUGUUUAAAUCAAA